CACCACUAACGUUAGACUCAAUUCGAUGAUUCAACUUUAAGAUCGCUCGCGAAGCCGAAGGAGAAUUCCAGCAAAGUCCAGCAGAGGAAGGAGCGGACCUGGAACCAGCUUCUCCAGGAGAUGGAGGCCCAGGGCCUCCCGAAAGGGAGGUCCUGGAAGGAUCUGAGGACCAGCUGGAAUAGCUGGUCCAGCAAAGCUAAAAAGUAUAGGUUGCAAAGGAUGGCAACAGGAGGUGGACCAGUGAAAUAUAACAAGAAGUAUGAAGAAGUACUGGCGGCACUGGCGCCACAGGCCCUUGAUGGUUUUUGUGGGCUGGAGGGAGAGACCUCCGUGGAGGCUGACUUGCCAUUGACUGAAAGUCAGAAUGACGCUGCAGCAGCACUCCUUAUGAAUAUGAUGGAGGAGGAGGAGGAAAUCGUUCAAGGGGAAGAAAUACCACAAGGAGCCACAGGAGGAGAGCAGCCAGCAGAAACAUUCCCCCGAACUUCUCACCAGGCAUCUCUUAUAUCUUUCCACGAAAGGUUUUUAGAGAAGGAGGACCAAAAGGUGGAGGCCUUGCAGGGGAUCCUCAUGGUCUUGAAGGAGAUUAGGGAUAAGCUACAUUAAAUGGUCAAAUUAAUUUUGUUUAUGGUAAUGAUGAUGUAAAGAGAUUACAAAACACAGAUGAUCUAGCUGACCUUUAUAUUGACACACUAUAUAUUGUUACCAUGGUUUUAUAGUUAUAGAAUUAUAAUUCAGACCUCUUUAUACAUGUAUUUUAAUGAAUAUUCUUUUCUUUACCAAGGGAAUACCAUUGUGUAUCAAAUGUGGCAAAUAUUUUUCGAUGUAAAAAGAAAGAUUCCAACAUAUGUGAAUAUCCUUCAAACACUUCAAGACCAGUAAAGGCAUAAGUAAUGAUAUAUAAAUAAAAAAAAAAACAUUUGAGGCCCUUAAAGCUGUCUUAAUACCCGAUUUGAUAGUUUGUAUCUUUUUUGUAUAACAGCAUACAACCCUUGGACAUACUAUCCAAUUUGAAAUGACACGAGGUUGAUAGUUUGUUUCUUUUUUGUAUAACAGCAUACAACCCUUGGACAUACAUAAAAUUGUCCAAUUUGAAAAGACACUAGGUUGAUAGUUUGUUUCUUUUUGUAAAAUAACAUUCAACCAUUGGAUAUACUGUCCAAUUUGAAAAGACACUAGGUUGAUAGUUUGUAUCUUUUUUGUAUAACAGCAUACAACCCUUGGACAUACUAUCCAAUUUGAAAUGACACGAGGUUGAUAGUUUGUUUCUUUUUUGUAUAACAGCAUACAACCCUUGGACAUACAUAAAAUUGUCUAAUUUUAAAAGACACUAGGUUGAUAGUUUGUUUCUUUUUGUAAAAUAACAUUCAACCAUUGGAUAUACUGUCCAAUUUGAAAAGACACUAGGUUGAUAGUUUGUAUCUUUUUUGUAUAACAGCAUACAACCCUUGGACAUACUAUCCAAUUUGAAAAGACUCUAGGUUGAUAGUUUGUUUCUUUUUUGUAAAAUAACAUUCAACCAUUGGAUAUACUGUCCAAUUUGAAAAGACACUAGGUUGAUAGUUUGUUUCUUUUUGUAUAACAGCAUACAACCCUUGGACAUACAUAAAAUUGUCCAAUUUGAAAAGACACUAGAUUGAUAGUUUGUAAUAAUUGAUAUCAGAAUGUUCAUAAUUUUAACAGCAACUACACCAAAAACAAUAUUAUACUAUGAAAAGUGAUUUUCAAUGAUAACAUUCCGUGCUUCUACACCAUUGGGGGCGUGAUCUACUUGCUCAACUAUGUCAUCAUUUGCUUCCACGUCGAAGAGAACUUCAGGCUGCCGAAGUUGUUUGCUGAUAUUAUGCAGCACAGCACAGGCCAAGAUGAAGUUGGAGGCUCUGUCAGGCCGCAUUUGGAGUCCUUGUCCAAUUAAGCACCUAAAUUUGUUCUUUAAUUGCCCAUUAACUUGCUCAAUGAGCGCUCUUGUGCGGCAGUGAGAUCUGUAAAAUUCAUGAAGAUUAAGAAAUUAAAAUUUUGCGCAGCAGAUAAAUCGCGAAAAUUGUCAGAGUGGGGCAUUAUGCCCCCCCCCCCGGGAGAACUACAUGUAGGGUCAAACAUGAAAGAAAAAAUAUGUAAAAUAAAAUGUUGAGAAAUGAUAUCUUUAUAAGAAAUGCAAAAACAUUGAAAUAUACAUAAAUAUAUAUAUGAUGGUUAUUAGAUAAAAAAAAUGUUAGGACCACUUGUUUUCUUCUUUUCAUGGUGUGGACAGUGGACACAUUUCUAAUUGUACAAUGCAUAGAAUGUUGUUAUUGAAUAUUGCUUUUCACACUGUUGGAAAAAGUAACUCCCUACCUGUUUCAUAUCAAGUGUCUCAUUCUUAUGAUAGAUUUUAUGGUAUUUGUGAAUGUCCACUAACAAAAAAGAAAAGGAUUGAUAUUUGAAGUGUUUUUCAGUGGUCGUCUUUAUCUAGAUGUAAAGUACAUUGUUGAUGAUAUACAUGUAACACUGAUUUGUUUUUCACAGUGUAUAAGUCAUCAGCCAACCAGCUCAAGGGGGAUGAAGAUAGAAUGUGUGUUCCAAACUUUAAGAAAUAUGAAUACUACUUACUGGUUGUACGCUCUCUGUGCUUGAUUUUGGGGGUUCAAGAUAGGAGUCAUAAGCCAAGGGUGCAGGGCAUAGCCUGAAUCUCCAAGGAGAAUGCCAUGCAAACGUCCAUUGGCAUAGUUCUGUCCAACUACACUGUUCUGUAAAAAUUAAACCACAAUAAUUGAUUUCAUGUGUGUCAAGGGGUGCUGCAAAUAGUAAAACAAAUGAAUAAACACAAAGGUAUCGAUGCUAAAAAAGUAAUGAUGACUUAACUUUCAACAACUCAAAAAGUUAAGUUCAUGAAGAAAUUGGGAGAUAUACGUGCAAUUCAUUUACUAACUUGCCAUUCUACUUUUUCUUUUUUGUAAAGUAAAAUUGUAAUUUGAAUUUCAUCAAAAUCCUAAAAAUAGAAGUUUGGCAGUUUUUUUGCUCCAUUAUCUGUCAACAAGUUAAACGUCAAAUUCUAGCUCCAUGCAAUCAGAAUGGUAUAUAUUGAUACAAAAUAUUAAAUAUUUGACGAAUUAACUAUGCAAAAGCAAAUAAAAUAAUAUGUUGUAUAUUACCUGGAGAAUUCUGGAGUCAUGCGUACUCCCGGGCCAUCUAGCUACCACGUUGAUUAUUCGGAAAUCUGCAUCGCAGAUAAGCUGGACGUUUAUUGAGUACCGCCCUUUCCUGUUGGUGUACAGGUACUCAUCCUGUCCCAAUGGUGCUCCAUGUAGAUAGAUGUGAGUUCCGUCAAUCGCACCAAUCACCUUUGGAAACUGUGCAAUGUGGUAGAACUUAUUAUGUUGUUCCCUUAUUUUGUGCGGUGUUGUGGGGAAUGUGAUGAACUGCAGUAAGAAAUGAUAAUUUAGAGAUGAUGACAAUAUUAUAAGUGCCACUGUAGUCAAUAAUUGCGGAACAUUCUUCUCGAAAUAUCUUGAAAAUUACACUUACUGGUAUUUUAUUUGCCAUGUUAGAAAAUGCAACAUUCCAUCAUACUCUAAAAAUCAUUUUGUUAUGAAUAUUUUUGACCAAUUCUUUGUAUAUUUGGUAUCAACGUGUAAUCAAAUGCUUAAUAUAUCUAAUGCAAAGUUAUUACUUAUUGAUAAAUUAAUAUAAGUAUUACUACAUGUGAUGUAAAUAUUGUAAAGUGUAUAAAAUUGUAUUUAAAUAAAUUAAAUUAUUGACCUAUG